UCGAUACCGUCACUCUGGUCUCUUCACAAAGUUUAAAGAGCGAGAGAGAUACAGAGAGAUGGCUACGUGGCGAUUUUAUACGACUUCGGGCGGAGUGGAGGCGGUUUCGAGCUGCAAUGCGGUGGCUAGAUUCAUCGACUUCAGCCGCGGAAGAAAUGGCGGCGUUGGCAGUGCUGGUGGUGGAAGCGGAAACAAAGCGAAGCAGUUGAUGUUGAUGAGGAAGUGGCAAGUUAGGCCGAUGAGGAGGUCGUUUUCGGUGAGGAAUGUUUCGAGUGAACCGCAACAGAAGGUGAAAGAUCCAGUAGCUGAACAAGAAGAAUCUCUGGGCACCAUUAGUCCUUUCCCUCCAGAUGCUUCAUCUAUUGCCUCUAGCAUCAAAUACCAUGCAGAGUUCACCCCAUUGUUUUCCCCUGAGAAAUUUGAUCUUCCAAAGGCUUUCUUUGCAACUGCACAAAGUAUUCGUGAUGCUCUCAUUAUAAACUGGAAUGCCACAUAUGAUUAUUAUGAAAGAUUGAAUGUAAAGCAGGCGUACUAUUUGUCAAUGGAAUUUCUACAGGGUCGAGCACUGUUGAAUGCAAUUGGUAAUUUAGGGCUUACUGGAGCUUAUGCGGAAGCUUUGAGCAAGCUUGGACACAACCUAGAAAAUAUAGCUUGCCAGGAGCCUGAUGCUGCCUUAGGGAAUGGGGGUCUUGGUCGACUUGCCUCCUGCUUUCUGGACUCUCUGGCAACAUUAAAUUAUCCAGCAUGGGGUUAUGGACUUAGAUAUAGAUAUGGCUUAUUUAAACAGCGUAUUACAAAGGAGGGGCAGGAAGAAGUUGCCGAAGAUUGGCUUGAGAUGAGCAAUCCUUGGGAAAUUGUGAGAAAUGAUGUCACAUAUCCUGUCAAGUUUUACGGCAAGGUUGUUACAAGUUCAGAUGGAAAGAAACACUGGAUUGGAGGAGAGGAUAUAAAGGCUGUUGCAUAUGAUGUCCCAAUACCAGGAUAUAAAACUAAAACCACAAUCAACCUGCGACUUUGGUCAACAAAAGUUCCAUCAGAAGACUUUGACCUAUCUGCUUUUAAUGCUGGAGAACAUACCCAAGCAGCUGAGGCCCUAUAUAAAGCUGAAAAGAUUUGCUAUGUACUCUACCCUGGGGAUGAAUCAGUUGAAGGAAAAAUCCUUCGUUUGAAGCAACAAUAUACCCUAUGCUCAGCCUCUCUACAAGAUAUCAUUGCACGUUUUGAGAGAAGAUCAAAUGCGAAUGUCAAAUGGGAAGAAUUUCCUGAGAAGGUCGCCAUGCAAAUGAAUGAUACUCACCCCACUCUUUGCAUUCCAGAGCUGAUGAGAAUUUUGAUGGAUGUGAAAGGUUUAAGCUGGAAGGAGGCCUGGAAUAUCACCCAAAGAACCAUGGCAUACACAAACCAUACCGUUCUACCGGAGGCUUUGGAGAAAUGGAGUUUAGAACUUAUGCAGCAACUGUUGCCUCGACAUGUGGAGAUUAUAGAAAUGAUUGAUGAAGAGUUAAUUCAAACCAUAGUUUCAGAGUAUGGUACAGCAGAUUCUGACUUACUGGAGAAAAAACUGAAGCAGAUGAGAAUUUUGGAAAAUGUUGAGCUGCCAGCUGCCUUUUCAGAUUUACUUGUUAAACCCAAGGAAAGUCCUGUUGCUGUUCCCAGUGAUGAACCUGAAAAGUCUGAAGAAAAAGAUAAAAAAAAAGAUGAUGAUGAUGAUGAUGAAGAAGAAGAAGAAGAAGAAGAAGAAGAAGAAGUUGAGCCUGUUGAUGGAGAAAAUGAACCUGUAAAGGAAGGCACUCAAGCAAAGAAAAAGAUCCCAGAACCAGUACCAGAGCCGCCAAAGAUGGUUCGUAUGGCUAACCUAUGUGUUGUAGGUGGUCAUGCAGUAAAUGGAGUUGCUGCGAUACAUAGCGAGAUUGUAAAAGACGAAGUGUUUAAUGAUUUUUUUAAGUUGUGGCCUGAGAAAUUUCAAAAUAAAACAAAUGGGGUCACACCAAGGAGAUGGAUCCGUUUCUGCAAUCCGUUUUUGAGUAAAAUUAUAACUAACUGGACAGGAACAGAAGACUGGGUUUUAAAUACUGAAAAGUUGGCUGAACUUAGGAAGUUUGCAGAUAAUGAGGACCUUCAGACCCAGUGGAGGGCAGCAAAAAUGAGCAACAAGUUAAAGGUUGUGUCUUUCCUCAAAGAAAAAACAGGCUAUCUAGUAAGCCCUGAUGCAAUGUUUGACAUCCAGGUGAAGCGCAUCCAUGAAUACAAGCGUCAAUUGCUGAAUAUUUUGGGAAUUGUUUACCGGUACAAGAUGAUGAAAGAAAUGAGUGCUUCAGAAAGAAAAGAAAAGUUUGUUCCACGUGUUUGUAUAUUUGGGGGAAAAGCAUUUGCCACUUAUGUGCAAGCCAAGAGAAUUGUUAAAUUUAUCACUGAUGUUGGAGCUACAGUUAAUCAUGAUCCCGAUAUAGGUGAUCUACUGAAGGUUGUUUUUGUUCCUGACUACAAUGUGAGUGUGGCUGAAUUGCUUAUCCCUGCAAGUGAGCUCUCACAACAUAUCAGUACUGCUGGGAUGGAGGCUAGUGGAACCAGCAAUAUGAAGUUUGCAAUGAAUGGCUGUAUUCUGAUUGGGACCCUGGAUGGUGCCAAUGUUGAAAUACGGGAAGAGGUUGGAGAAGACAACUUUUUCCUCUUUGGGGCUGAAGCUCAUGAGAUUGCAGGGCUUAGGAAGGAAAGAGCUGACGGGAAGUUUGUUCCGGAUCCUCGCUUUGAAGAAGUUAAGGAGUUUGUUAGAAGUGGUGUCUUUGGUCCUUACAACUAUGAUGAACUGAUUGGAUCAUUGGAAGGAAAUGAAGGUUUUGGUCGUGCAGACUAUUUUCUGGUUGGCGAGGACUUCCCUAGUUAUAUUGAAUGCCAAGAGAAGGUUGAUGAGGCAUAUAGAGACCAAGAAAGAUGGACAAGAAUGUCAAUCUUGAACACUGCAGGUUCCUACAAGUUCAGCAGUGACAGAACAAUUAAUGAAUAUGCACAGGAGAUAUGGAACAUAAAACCUGUUGAAUUACCAUAAAUUGCCGAGACUUUAGACCAAGGGAGUUGCCCUUUGCCGUAAGCCCGAAGUAGCUGUUCCUUUGUAAUCGCAUUAUCAUAUUUUCUUUCCCAUGUAAAGAAAAAUGGCAGAAUAAGGGUAACAUUAAUGUUAAAAAUGUGAUAAUAAAAAUAAAAAAAGUUGUGUUA